ACGUGUCUGAAUUUCGCGGCACACGUUAUGCCCCCGGCUCAACCACGCCUCGCGUCGCACGGUAAAGUUCGACGGCCAUAUUUACUGUCUACACCUCCUCUCUUGCCCGGCGGUGAAACUGGCUCAGUCGCUUCAUACAUCACACUCCAUACCAAGGCUGAGAAACAGCGGAGUGUCUAACGGUAAACAAAUCGAUCUAUUUUGGUCGCGUUGGAUAUAUAAAGUAGACUACCCUGUGGACCCAGGGGAGGCAGUUUACCAUUUUCUGAACGCAGUCCAUCUACUGAGGCAGUGGAGCCCAGGGCGAGUCAACGAGACGGAGGACGAUUUCUUUGCAUUUUCUCAGCAGAAGGGCAAGGCUGGAGAGAGGACAAAGAUGCCCAAACCGAUCAAUGUGCGGGUCACCACCAUGGAUGCAGAGCUGGAGUUUGCCAUCCAGCCCAACACCACCGGCAAACAGCUCUUUGACCAGGUGGUGAAGACAGUGGGCCUCCGGGAGGUGUGGUUCUUUGGCCUGCAGUACACAGACAGUAAAGGCUACAGCACGUGGCUCAAACUCAACAAGAAGGUGACGCAGCAGGAUGUGAAGAAGGAGAACCCUCUGCAGUUUAAGUUCAGAGCCAAGUUCUUCCCGGAGGACGUGUCUGAGGAACUCAUCCAGGAGAUAACACAGAGACUCUUCUUCCUGCAGGUAAAGGAGGCCAUCCUGAAUGAUGAGAACUACUGUCCUCCAGAGGCAGCCGUGCUGCUGGCCUCCUACUCUGUCCAGGCCAAGUACGCAGACUACAACAGAGACCUCCACAGGCCUGGCUACCUUACCUCAGACCGCCUGCUGCCACAGAGAGUCUUGGAGCAGCACAAGUUGACUAAGGAGCAGUGGGAGGACAGAAUACAGACCUGGCAUGAGGAACACACAGGCAUGCUCAGAGAGGACUCAGUGAUGGAGUAUCUGAAGAUAGCCCAGGACCUGGAGAUGUAUGGCGUCAACUACUUUGAGAUCAAGAACAAGAAGGGAACAGAGUUGUGGCUGGGUGUGGAUGCACUGGGACUCAAUAUCUACGAACAUGAGGACAAGUUGACACCAAAGAUUGGCUUCCCCUGGAGCGAGAUCAGGAACAUCUCCUUCAGCGACAAGAAGUUUGUCAUCAAACCCAUCGACAAGAAAGCUCCAGAUUUUGUGUUUUAUGCCCCGCGGUUGCGGAUCAACAAGCGUAUCCUGGCGCUGUGCAUGGGGAACCACGAACUGUACAUGAGGAGGAGGAAGCCUGACACCAUUGAGGUUCAGCAAAUGAAGGCCCAGGCCAGGGAGGAGAAACACCACAAACAGAUGGAAAGAGCCCAGCUAGAGAACGAGAAGAGAAAACGAGAGCAUGCAGAGAAGGAGAGGGCGAAGAUAGAGAAGGAGAAGGACGAGCUUGUCGAGAGGCUCAGACAGAUUGAGCAACAGACGCUAAAGGCCCAGAAAGAGCUGGAGGAGCAGACACGCAGGGCCCUGGAGUUGGACCAGGAGAGGAAGAGAGCGAAGGAGGAGGCGGAAAGGUUGGAGGGAGAGAGACAGGCAGCGGAGGAGGCCAAGGCAGCGCUGGCUAAACAGUCCGCUGACCAGAUGAAGAACCAGGAACAACUGGCCGCUGAGCUAGGAGAAUUCACUGCCAAAAUCGCUCUGCUUGAAGAGGCCAAGAGGAAGAAGGAAGAGGAGGCGACUGAAUGGCAACACAAAGCCAUCUCAGCCCAGGAAGACCUGGAAAAGACUAAAGAGGAGCUGAAGUCUGUGAUGUCAUCACCCCCGGCGCCGGAGCACGAUGAGCAAGAUGAGACAAACGCAGAGGGCAGUACCGAGCUGCACAGUGACGGGGUCACCAGCCACCGCAGCGAGGAGGAACGUGUCACAGAGGCCCAGAAGAACGAACGCGUCAAGAAACAGCUGCAGGCUCUGAGUUCAGAGUUGGCUCAGGCGAGGGACGACACCAAGAAGACCCAGAAUGACAUGCUACAUGCGGAGAAUGUGAAGGCUGGGAGGGACAAGUACAAAACCCUGCGCCAGAUCCGACAGGGCAACACCAAGCAGCGCAUUGACGAGUUUGAGUCCAUGUAAGAGUCAGCGCCCUCCCACCCUCGCGUUGCCAUGACAACAUCUCACUUUCUUGGAUAGCCGACCCUGCUCGUUCCCACCCCGUUCCCCCAAAUCCGUACUUGCAAAAAGGCCAGAGGUGUGUGGAUUCAAUGUCCCACCCACUACUCCUUGCCAAAGCUCUGCCCACUAGCGGUUGGCCAAUCAAACCGCUCCAUGCUUAGAGCUCCACCCAACCACAUCUGGAAUCAUCCAAUCUGGAAUGACAAGCAACAUAUCCUGCCGAAAUGAACUUCUCCUUGAGCAAAGGAUAAUUUAACCCUUGCAUGUCUGAUGUAAGAAUGGAUUUUUUAAAAAUAAUAUAGAGAGAAAUUAGUGAAUAUUUUGCUUUUAUUGAGAGAAUUGCCAUUUGUAGCUUUUUGAUGUUGUUGACAAGCAUGUAUGUAAAGCUUUAAAUAUCGUACCUUACUUUUUUUUGUUUGUGAUCAAGUAUUUAAAUGGUUUUCUUAAACUGC